AUGGCGGCGGUGGAGGAGCAGCAGCGGCGGCGGCUGGGCCGCCUCUCGGCGUUCUCGGUGGGGCGGCUGGAGGACAGCCGGCAGCGGGGGGCCGAGCUGUUCCGCUGGCUGGUGUCGCCGGUGCCGCCGGAGGAGUUCGUGGGGCGGCACUGGGAGCGGGCGCCGCUGCUGGUGCGACGGGGCGACCCCGGCUAUUACGCGGGGCUCUUCUCCACCGCCGACUUCGACGCCGCCCUGCGAGGUGGCCAGGUGGACUUCGGGACCCACCUGGACGUGACCAGCUACUCCGAAGGGGUAAGGGAGACGCACAACCCCUCCGGCCGGGCCCUGCCCGCCGUCGUCUGGGACUUCUACCAGAACGGCUGCUCCCUGCGGCUCCUCAGCCCCCAGUCCUUCUCCACCACCGUCUGGCACUUCCUCUCCAUCCUGCAGGAGCACUUCAGCAGCAUGGCGGGGGCCAACACGUACCUCACACCACCGGGGACGCAGGGCUUCGCCCCCCACUACGAUGACAUCGAGGCCUUCGUGCUGCAGCUGGAGGGGAAGAAGCACUGGCGCGUCUACAGUCCCCGGACGGACGCCGAGGUGCUACCCCAGUUCUCCAGCCCAAACUUCACGCAGGCUGAGCUUGGGGAGCCCGUGCUGGAGACGGUGCUGGAGGCCGGGGACCUGCUGUACUUCCCCCGUGGCUUUAUCCACCAGGGCGACUGUCUCCCUGACGCGCACUCGCUCCACAUCACGGUGUCUUCCUACCAGAGGAACUCCUGGGGGGACCUCCUGGAGAAGCUCCUCCCGGCUGCUCUGCAAAUGGCCCUGGAGGAGGACGUGGAGUACCGACAAGGGCUUCCCAUGGACUACCUGGGCUACAUGGGGGUCGCCAACUCGGACGCGGUCGAUGCUCGCCGAACGGCCUUUAUGGAGAAGGUACAGAGCCUGAUAAAGAAACUCGUUCGCUAUGCACCCAUCGAUGCUGCCGUGGAUCAGAGAGCCAAGUCGUUCCUUCAUGACUGUCUCCCCCCGGUGCUUACGCAGAGCGAGAAGGUGCAGAGCGUGUACGGCUUCCCGGCCCGCUGGCAAGACGGAGGCCCCCGCGACGUCGAUAUACUGAUAACAAAAGAGACUGAAGUACGUCUCCUCCGCCACGGCGUCGUCAGGUUGUGUAAUGAAGAAGCAGGUGUGAUGCUGUACUACACGACGGAAAACUCAAGAGUGUAUCACAAGGAAGAACCCAAGUUCCUGGAGAUAGAUCCCGAGUACAUGGACAGUAUCGAAUUUCUCCUGUCUUCCUAUCCAAAUCACGUCAGCGUGGACAGCCUUCCCUGUGAAACCUUGGAGGACAAGAUUUCUCUAGCCACGCUCCUGUUUGAGAAGGGCAUUCUGACUACGAAGAAGCCCCUGGUGCAAGUGUAGCUCUAAUUUUUUGGUUUUUUAACAAAAUAAAUAUACAUUUGUUUAGAAAA